AUGUUCGAUGAAGUGUCACUUAGGGAAGAUAGUCACCAAGUUAUCGUGUCAACAGUUGGGGAUUUGAUUAAUGCUCGACGGGUUUCAGCUAGUGCAAGGUCUACACAGUUACUAGGGCAAAUGUCUGAUGCCACGCUUCAGACAAUUGGGCAGCGUCAAAGUCAUAACGCUUCGAAACAGAAUCCUCUGCAGCAGGAAGACAGCGCAUCAUCCUCUAGUAACUAG